AGCGGCCAUAGCUACACUCGUCAGUUCAGUACGUGUCGCUGAGCUCCAGAAGGAAGGGCUGUUAUUGAUUGAACCCAGCUAAAUAAUUCCGUACCAGCCGUGAGGAGGACAACAUGCCGGCAGUGGAUAAGCUGCUGUUGGAGGAGGCACUGCUAGACAGCCCCCAGACGCGCUCCCUCCUGAGUGUUUUUGAAGAAGAUGCUGGAACACUAACAGAUUAUACAAAUCAGCUGCUUCAGACUAUGCAGAGAGUUUAUGGGGCCCAGAAUGAAAUGUGUUUGGCUACCCAACAAUUGUCCAGCCAACUUCUUGCAUAUGAAAAACAGAAUUUUGCCCUGGGGAAAGGAGAUGAAGAAGCCAUAUCAACUCUACAAUAUUUUGCAAAUGUGGUAAAUGAGCUCAAUGUCCUUCAUACAGAACUAGCAAAGCAGCUGGCAGACAGCAUGGUGCUGCCCUUGAUACAAUUCCGGGAAAAGGACCUCACAGAAGUAAGCACAUUAAAAGAUCUCUUUCUUCUUGCUAGCAAUGAGCAUGACCUGUCAAUGGCAAAGUACAGCAGACUGCCCAAAAAGAGAGAGAAUGAAAAACUAAAAACUGAGAUUGCAAAAGAAGUUGCUGGCGCUAGAAGGAAGCAACACCUCUCUUCAUUGCAGUACUACUGUGCCUUAAAUGCUCUGCAGUACAGGAAGAGGACAGCAAUGCUGGAUCCUAUUCUUGGGUACACACAGGGACAGAUUGAUUUUCUGAAAAAAGGAUAUGAAACGUUUUCCAAAAAAAUGGAUGGUUUUCUAGCUUCUGUGUCAAGCAUGAUUCAACGAGUACAAGGAGAAUUGGAUGCUGAAGCAGAGGCUAUGAGGAUUACGCAACAAGAGCUACUUUCUGGUAGUGAUGCUGUGUAUACGCCAGACUAUGAUGUGUCAUCCCCAGUUAUCAACCGAAACCUAAUCCAAAAGGCUGGCUAUCUAAACAUGAGAAGCAAAACUGGUUUAGUUACCACAACAUGGGAGCGACUGUAUUUCUUUACACAAGGGGGUAACCUAAUGUGCCAGCACCGCGGUGAAGUGGCUGGGGGUCUGAUUCAAGACCUAGACAAUUGUUCAGUCAUGGCAGUAGACUGUGAGGACAGACGAUAUUGUUUUCAAAUCACCUCGCCCAAUGGCAAAUCGAGUCUCAUUCUCCAAGCAGAAGGAAAACGGGAAUAUGAAGAGUGGAUUUCUGCAAUCAACAAUAUUUCAAGGCAAAUCUACCUUUCUGAGAAUCCUGAGGCUGUAGCCAUAAGACUUAAUCAGACAGCUCAGCAGGCUGUAACUCCUAUCACCAGUUUUGACAGAAAACUCGAAAACGUUCCACAAAGCGAAAGCGUCAUGCGGACUGCAUCCCACAAUGAAUCAUUGUCUGAGCAAGCCACCAGGGAACCAGAGCUUGAACAGUUAAUAGCUCCUGGAACCCCCAUACAGUUUGACAUUGUCCUACCAGCCACUGAAUUCCAGGACCAAAAUAGAGGCAGCCGACGUACAAAUCCGUUUGGGGAAUCUGACGAUAAACUUGACAAUGCCACAGAUGAAGGUUUACUUUUGCAGCAGGUGUUUGUAGUUCGCUUUUUAGGCUCAAUGGCAGUAAAAACAGACCGUACCAACCAGGUUAUCUUUGAAGCAAUGAGACAGGUCUUGGCUGCGCGAGCGAUUCAUAAUAUAUUUCGAAUGACAGAAUCCCACUUGAUGGUAACCAGCAAAAGCAUAAGAUUUAUAGAUCCACAAACACAAGUUAUAAGGAUAAGUUUUGAUCUUGAAAACAUAACACAAUUUGCUGCCCAUCUAGAGAACAAGCGUUUAGUGGGAUUUGUUGUUUGCACCCCUGAAGCAUCUGGAGACCAAUCCUUGAGUGCCUAUGUCCUGGAAAGUAACACGGAGGGUGAAAAGAUAUGUGUUGCCAUCAGCCUGGGAAAAGAAAUUGCUGCUGCGGAGAAGGAUCCAGAAGCACUGGCACAACUCAUGUCAUCAGUUCCACUAUCAAAUGACGGAAAGUUUGUUCUUUUGAGUGUGCAGACAGAGGAUGAUCCGGAUAGUGUGUCAUGCACUGAAGGAGUGGAAUCUGAAGCAUGACAUAACUCUCCAUUUGUUUGCAAAUUUGCAAGUACUUUGCAUGAUAGGCCUGAUUGGUGAAAUGUUCUUGCACAUGCAUUCAAAAAGUCUUCAGAUCCUUUCAUGUUAUUAUGUUGCAACCUUGUGUUAAAAAUAAUAAAAAAUAAUAAUAAUCACGUUUUCCCACACCAAUCUGCACUCGAUACCCCAUAAUGAGAAAGUA